AUGGUUUCGUUAGUCCGUUGGCAGCCAGACUUCGAUCCUUUUUACCCAUCUGAGAUCACGUUUUGGGUUCGUGUUCUGAACCUUCCACUGCAAGUCUGGGCAGAGUUAACCUUACGUAGCAUCGGCGAAGCAAUGGGGGAAGUGAAGGACGUUGAUGUUGUUGGAGGUCGGUUUCAAGUGAGUGUCAAUGGUUUCACACCUCUUCACUUCGAAACUACGUUGGAGGCUAAGGGAGGACGUGAGAUUCCGGUCGUCUUAAGGUAUGAACGUUUGUUCGGGUUCUGUAAGGAAUGCUUGAGUUUAUGUCAUGAUGUAGAGAUGUGCCCUCUUCUACACGCACAUCGAGCCGAGAGGGACCGAAUCAGGCGAAGGGAAGAAAAAACGGAGGCAAGGGCGCAGAGUUACAGAGAGGCGGUCCAAGCUUCAUAUGGGAAUGGAGGGAAUGGAGGAAGAGCGCAAUAUGAGGAGAGAAGAGGUGAUUAUAAGGGAAAAGCUAAGGUGGUAGAAAGCAGCGUGGAGCAAGGACGGGGACAAAUGAUUGCGGAAUGA